CGCUGCUGUUGCAUAACACUAGUCUGCAGCACAGAAGCGUCAGGUCUACAUCCACUCUUCUGUUCACUCACGCAGUCAUGGCUCUUCUGUCUGUCCUGACCCCUGUUUUGGUGGUGGUCCUGUGUAUGGUUGUUGGUUUUAUGCUGCUAAAACCACGAGAAACGGUGACUCCCACAACGGAGAAAACUAAAGAGAGGACAAAACAGGACUUCAGACCAUGGGUGGACCAGGAUUUACAAGACGACACAGAGAUUCCAGGAAAACAAGACGAUGAUGGUGAAUGGGUCGACAGCCACGAGGACGAGGAUCUUCUACAUGUUCCAUACUCACCAAAACGUUACCCAGAAGAGACGAUGCUGGACAGAUCCCAGGAUUUUUACAACUUGAUGAACCAGCGAAGGAGCGUCCGAUUCAUCAGCCCAGAGCCAGUCCCACGGGAGGUCAUCGAUAACGUCAUCCGCACUGCAGGUACGGCUCCUAGUGGGGCACACACAGAACCCUGGACAUUUGUUGUGGUGUCCGACCCGGAGACAAAGCACCAAAUAAGACUGAUUGUGGAGGAGGAGGAGGAAGUCAACUACCGUCAAAGGAUGGGAGACAAGUGGGUCCAUGAUUUGGCCAAAUUAAGGACAAACUGGAUUAAGGAAUAUUUGGAUGUAGCUCCAUAUCUGGUUCUUAUCUUCAAACAAACUUAUGGGAUUCUACCAAACAACAAGAAAAGAACACACUACUACAAUGAAAUCAGUGUGUCUAUAUCCUGUGGAAUCCUCUUGGCUGCAUUACAGAAUGUGGGUCUUGUUACUGUCACUUCGACGCCCCUCAACUGCGGCCCACAGCUCAGGGUUCUCCUCAAACGGCCGACCAAUGAGAAGCUGCUGAUGCUGCUUCCUGUAGGUUACCCAGCUUCUGAUGCCACUGUGCCUGACCUCAAACGCAAGCCUCUGGAUGAGAUUAUGGUGGAUAUAUGAGAGAGAAAAAAAAAAACUUCCUCAAGGUAGCAUUAUAAGCCUAACAGACUAGAAUAAUAGAUCGUAUUGAAGUCUUGUAGAUCACAUGCACGUUCAACAACCAUAAUCAUUAAAUAGGACAAAAGUAGAUUGAUUUAUUCAGAUGAAAUGUAUAAAUGACAAGAGUAGUAUUUUGUACCAUUUUUGUCUGUAUUGUUUUAGACAAAGCUGCCUUGCUACCCCUCUGCUUCUGCAAUAAUGGGAAAACAGAUGGAUAAUUACUAGUGGUUUCACUGUGCUCCACUACUUAAUAUUCACCUGUACUACCAAAUGCAUUCAAGAGAAAUAAUUCAUUUUUAUGUUUAUGUUUUUAUGAUCACACAGGCAGAUCAAUCUUACCACUCAAUUUUUAUACACCAUUGAAGUUUACAGAGAAAAAGAAGCACACAAACCGAUUAUAUUAUAUCCAACACAGUGUUUAACCGGUCAAAAUGACAUACUGUACUUUAAGAAAACUCAUUUAAUUCUACAUGAUGUCUCACACUGCUGCCUGAAUAAACAUAUGAAUAAAAUUAAGCUUAUCUGCUCUGGUGUUAUGUGUUUGUUUUUGUUUAACUGCUUGUAAAAUGACUGUCAUUCAACAUUAAAAUAAUUCUUAUUUUUUAGUUGCUGUAUUGUAUUCAUUUGAUUAAUGCAAAGGCCAAAUAAUUCCAACAGCUGUUCCAGGAAUAUCAUCAAUCAUUGAUGGAUCUGCACUUGUUUACACUGUACUGAGAGCUAGCCCACACAUUUUCUUAGGGGCAUAUAGGGACAUAUAGUAUUUCACAACUCACAACAAACUCAUUAUCGUUACAUCAUUUUGUUAGUUCAUUGGCAUCAGAUAAAACGGUCAAACCGGCAGUAUAAAGCACAAGGCUGUCAUAGAUCCAAGAGCUGUUGAAUCUGAUCAUGACAUUAUUUAGCUUGUAGCAGCAAUUUCAUACUCUUGCAU